AUCUCGGGGGAACUGUCCAAAGCUUGGCUUAUGACUCUGCUUCAAAUGCCCCUGCCAAACUCCACAGUUGUUGAUAGCCAUCACUGGUGGAGCCGGUGAUACAAGCAACUGGAAAUGUGUCCGAGCGAGAAGGCUAUAAAUGGGCCUCUGGUGCCCUCAAAUAUUCCAUGAUCUUAUCCUCCCUCGCAUUGCAGCCGUGCUGAGAAACAGCCCCCAUCAUGAGAACUCUCCAUUUUCUCCUGCCCUCUUUGGCAUUGGGCUCAGCCAUCUUGACUCGACAAGAUUCCUUUCAAUCUAAAUGUGCCAAGUUCGCAGACAAGAUCAAUCUGCCCAAUGUGCGGGUGAACAUUGUUGAAUACGUUGCGGGAGGAACCAACCUGUCCUUGCCAGACAACCCCGCUACCUGCGGCGCAACCUAUCAGUCCGUGACAGUGGACUUUUGUCGAGUGGCCAUGGCGGUUGCGACGUCAAACAGCAGCGAAAUCACGCUGGAGGCAUGGCUGCCCCGGAACUACACUGGACGGUUUCUGAGUACGGGCAAUGGAGGGCUCAACGGCUGUGUCGCCUACGAUGAUAUGGCGUACACAUCUGGAUUCGGCUUUGCGACAGUCGGAGCCAACAAUGGCCACAAUGGCACGUCUGGCGAGCCCUUCUAUCAACAUCCCGAGGUCGUCGAAGACUUCGCCUAUCGAUCCGUUCACACCGGGGUCGUCGUCGGCAAGCAGCUGACCAAGCUCUUUUACGAACAAGGAUUCAACAAAUCCUACUACUUGGGAUGCUCCACCGGCGGUCGUGAGGGCUUCAAGUCUGUGCAGCAGUUCCCCAACGACUUCGACGGGGUCGUGGCUGGAGCACCAGCCAUGAACUUCGUGGGCCUGAGCUCAUGGAGUGGCCACUUCUACCCCAUCGUGGGAACCAACACCUCGGACAGCUAUCUUUCGUCUGAUCUAUGGAUGGUCGUGCAUGAUGAGAUCUUACGUCAAUGCGACGGUAUCGACGGCGCGCACGAUGGGAUCAUCGAAGAUCCUGAUCUCUGCCACCCGAUCAUCGACACGAUCAUCUGCAAGCCCGGUUCCUCCUCGACCGAAUGUCUCACUGGCGCCCAGGCAAACACGGUACGCCAAGUCCUGUCUCCACUCUACGGAGUGAACGGGACCCUUGUUUACCCUCGUAUGCAACCUGGAUCGGAGUUGAGCGCCUCAGCCGUCUACUACGGCGGUUCGCCCUUCGCCUACAGCACCGACUGGUUCCGCUACGUGGUCUACAACAACCCAGACUGGGACCCAGCCACCUUCAACAGCCAUGACGUCGCCGUGGCGCUCGCGCAGAACCCGUACAACAUCCAGACCUGGGAUGCGGAUCUGACCCCGUUCCGCCAGGCUGGCGGCAAGGUGCUGAGCUACCACGGGCUCAUGGACCAGAUCAUCAGCUCGGAGAACUCCAAGCUGUACUACUCGCGGGUGGCCGAGACGAUGAACCUGCCGCCGGCGGAGUUGGACGACUUCUACCGCUUCUUCCAGAUCAGUGGUAUGGGCCACUGUGGGGGCGGUGACGGUGCAUACGGCAUUGGCAACACGGCAGAUUCGUUCAACGGCGUCGCGCCGGAGAACAACGUGCUCAUGGCCAUGGUGCAGUGGGUGGAGAAGGGGAUUGCGCCGGAGUUCGUGCGAGGAGCCAAGUUCGCUGAUGGAGUUGGCAGCGAAGUGGAAUAUACCCGCAAGCAUUGUCGCUGGCCCCGACGCAAUGUCUACAAGGGUCCGGCCAAUUACACGGACGAGAACGCAUGGCAGUGUAUUUAGUCGAGUC